AUGGCUACUAUGGCCUUAUCUGCAACGGACCUCUUAAUUGGAAAACUUCUGACAAUUCUUGAGAACGAAGGAAAAACCAUAGCCGAUGUUCGUGAUGAAGUUGAAAAGAUUAAGGAGGAGUUUCUAAGCAUGAAAGCUUUCCUAGUGGAUGCGGAGACCAACAAAACAAAAACUGAAGGAGGGAAAUUGUGGGUUGCAAGCAUCAGAGACUUAGCCAAUCAAGUUGAAGAUAUCAUUGAUGAAUUCAUGUAUCACAUGUAUGAGAAGCAAAGUGGGGGUCGACUUUCAAGGGGGCUGCACAAAACCAUUGGCGCUCCAAGUCAUCUUUGGUUCAGGCAUAAAAUUGCAAAGAAGUUGAAGAAAAUUACUGAAAUGAUCAAAGCCAUUCCAGAGAGGAAUCAAAGGUACGGUGUUGGCCAUGUAGGAGGAGCAACUACAUCUGAAGAUAUUCACAAAUUGGUGCAGAACCAAGUGGAGUCCUCUAUUUUCAUUAUGGAAGACGAACUGGUUGGGAUUGAAGGCAAGAAGCAAAUACUGAUGGGAUGGCUCAUGGAUGAAGAGCAACACCAAACUGUUAUAUCUGUGGUUGGCAUGGGAGGCUCUGGAAAGACAACUCUAGUUGCCAAGACCUUCAACAAUGAAAAGGUGAAGAGACAUUUCAAUUGUUACGCAUGGAUUACCAUUUCCCAAACUUAUGAUGUCGUACACUUGUUUCGAAGCUUGAUUAGGGAACUCUACAAAUCAAGGAAGGAAGAGUACUCUGGAAAUUUGAAUGCCAUGAGCCGCAUAGAAUUGCUAGGGUUACUAGUUAACUACUUGGAGUCCAAAAGAUACCUGGUUGUUCUAGAUGACGUGUGGGAUAUAAAAGGUUGGAGAGAAAUAAAGGUAUCACUUCAAGAUAGGCAACUCGGAAGUCGAAUCAUAGUUACAACUCGAAAAGAAGAUGUAGCAUGCAAUUCUUUUGGAGUUAAAAGCCAUGUUCACCAUAUUCAACCCCUGCUAAAGAAUGAGACUUGGGAGCUCUUUAGCAAGAAAGCAUUCUCAACUAAUCAGGAUAAAACUUGUCCUACUGAGCUUGAAUCAUUAGCUUGCCAACUUGUGGAUAAGUGUGAAGGCCUUCCUUUGGCUAUUGUGUCUUUAGGUGGUCUUAUGUCUUCUAAGAAGUCACUGGAUCAAUGGGACCAAGUCCUCAACAGCUUUAAUUGGCAUCUACAUAAAAAUUCAUUGCUAGACCCUAUGAAAAACAUCUUGUUCAUGAGUUUCAGUGAUUUGCCAUCUCAAUUGAAACAUUGCUUCCUCUAUUGCUCUCUAUUCCCAGAAGAUUUUGUAAUUAAAAGAAAAAGGCUCACUAGAUUGUGGAUAGCCGAAGGAUUUGCUGAACUUGUGAAAGGGGUCACACCAGAAGAAGUUGCAGACGACAAUCUUAUGGAGCUCUGUUUCCGUAGCAUGUUACAAGUUGUAAGGAGAAAUGGUACAGGAAGGCCGAAACAAGUUAAGAUGCAUGAUCUGAUGCGGGAGCUUGCUUUGUCGACAGCCGAGAAGGAAAAAUUUGGUCUUGUCUAUGAUGGGAAAGAAGUAAUGGAAGAGAUCUCAACCCGUCGCUUGUCAAUUCACACAACGAGUGAUGGAGGAGAAAUUAAAUCAUUGCCGGGUAAGUCAAAGAUUCGUUCUCUUCUUGUCUUUGCAACUGACAUGUCCUCAUCCUCUUUCUCAAAUACACUGGUUUCUCGAUUCAAAUUGUUGAGGACUCUAGACUUGGAGGAUGUCCAGAUUGAUAAACUACCAGAUGCCGUUGUUUACUUGUUCAACUUGAGAUAUUUAAAUUUGAGGAACACUUUAAUCAAGAAACUUCCCGAGUCCAUAGGGCGUCUCCGCAACCUUCAAUUUCUGAACAUCAAGGAUUCUAAGAUAGCGUCGCUUCCACAAGGAAGUGCAAAGUUGCUGAACCUGCGCCAUCUAAUUAUGUAUCGCUACACUGGAAGCUUUCUAGACUUUAAUUAUGUGAGUGGGAUAAAAGUGCCAUCAAAUAUUUGUCAGUUGCAGAAAUUGCAAAGUUUAUCAAUGAUUGAAUCAGAAGGGGAUACUAUUAGAUUUAUCGGAAACAUGACUCAACUUAAGAGCAUCGGUAUAUCAAAUGUGAAAGAAAGAGAUGAGAUUGACCUUUGGGUCUCAAUUGAAAAGUUGAAUCUGCUUCAAUCUAUGGUUUUAAUGGCAAGUAAUGAAGAGGAAAUCCUUCCAGUGAAAGCACAAUGUCCACCUCUUUCGCGCCUUCGAACGCUUUAUUUGACUGGCAGACUGCAAAACGCAUUACCUUGGUUUUCCUCACUGCAGAGCCUUGUACAUCUGUCUCUGCGUUGGUCUAGACUUGAAGAGGAUUUACUACCUCAAAUUGAAGCACUGGCCAAUCUGACAUGGCUUUAUCUUUGUAAUGCAUAUGUUGGGGAAGAGUUGUGUUUUCGCAGAGGCUUUGUAAAGCUGGAGAGGUUGCAUUUGUUGAAUUUUACCUCAGUGAAAAAGAUAAGUAUAGAAAGAGGGGUGAUGCCAAAUCUCCGGUACUUGUGGGUUGACAACUUCAUGGAGUUGAAGACAGUGCCACUAGGCAUUGAAUACCUUUCUAAUCUACAAACUUUGGGCCUGGCAAUUGUUCCCAUUGAAAUUAUACAGCCCAUUCGGAUAGGAGGUGUGGAUCGGUCUAAGGUACAACACAUCUCGGAUAUCAGACAUAUUUUCCAACAAUCAUCCAAUCGGAUCCACGAAAACUUGGCCUAG